CAGAACCCUAUCAGAGCCAGAUGCUGUGGAUUCGGCGAAAAAGACAGGCGGUUAAUUGAUCCACCACCUAUCGUCCAAUUGACAGCUUCGAGAGAUGGAGAAGACUUGGAGUUGACACCUGCAGAUACAAAGUUAUUCGUAGUUCAUUGUUCCUUGUAUUCAGCUGAUUCAAACGAGGAAAGAAAUCUAUCAUUGUCCUCACGGCAACGACAAGCUUCAUCAGUAUAUACCGACAGCAAUAAUAAUUUUAUUAGCAGUAGUUAUAGCAACAGCUAUGGUGCCUCAGAACCUCAGCCUGUACGAAAUCUCAUUGGAUCAGUAGUUUCCAGUGCUUACUGCUUGUACAAUUUAGAAAAUGAAAAAGGCGUGUAUUCAAUAUUCAGUGACCUUUCAGUAAGAACAGAAGGAACUUAUACGCUGCGAUUUAUAUUUUUCGAUUUAGCGGCUGGGGAGCCAAUGACAAUGAGCACACGAGUUCAAGCCGAAACAUUUUCAAAACCGUUUGUGGUUUAUACCCCCAAAAAUUUUCAGGGAAUGACAGCUACUACCGAGUUAUCAAAGUGCUUUUCGCGUCAAGGAGUGAAGAUCGUUACAAGAAAA